AUGUCUUUAUUCUCAAUUUCCUCAAUAUUAUUAUUAUCCGCCCUAUCUAUCAUUUCCCACGCAGCACCACUCGGUGGAAAGCUAAUUGGUCGUGACACCGCACUACUAGCUAGCUAUGACUUCAUAAUCAUAGGCGGAGGCACAAGCGGCCUCGUUGUAGGAAAUAGAUUGUCUGAAAAUCCAGCAACGAGCGUUCUCAUUAUCGAAGCGGGUGAACUUGAUCAAGGGGAAGACUUUAUAUAUGUGCCGCUUCUUGCAGGAAUUAGUAAUGGUGCUAUAGGGACGAAGUAUGAUUGGAAUUUAACUUAUUCUGCGCAACAAGCCGCGGAUGAUCGGGAAAUUGCUAUACCGUUGGGUAAGGUAGUGGGUGGAGGAUCUUGUUUGAAUAAGAUGGUUUUUGAUAUUGCUGGGAAAGUGGAUUAUGAUCAAUACUUCUUUGCAGCCAUGAAAUUCCUCGGGAUCCGCAAAGUAUUUGAUUCUCUGAAUGGGGAUGCAAAUGGUGCUUUGUGGAACCCACAGUCACUUGAUCCAGAUACCAAGACGCGAUCGAACUCUAGAACUGCUUAUUGGAACAGUGCAAGUAACCGCACAAAUUUACACCUUUUGACUAGACAUCAGGCAACGAAAUUGAUCACUCAUUCAAGCAAUGGAAAAGUUCCGAUUAUUGGUGUCGAGUAUGCCACUAGUUCUAACUCUACGAAGUCGACUGUAUUAGCGAAUAAGGAGGUUAUUCUCGCAGCUGGUGCUAUACAUUCGCCUCAGCUGCUUCAAUUAUCUGGAAUUGGAGAGCCCUCUUUGCUUAAAAAGCUCGGCAUAAAUACUGUGGUAAACUUGCCAGGGGUUGGUGCAAACUUUCAAGAUCACCCAUUGCUUGCGUCCGUUAAUAACUUGAACAUUGCUCUCAGCUCGAACAAUCUGACUAGUAAUUCGACUUACAAUGCUGAAAUGCUCGCCCUGUACAGAUUCAAUAAAACAGCCAAGUAUGCACGUAAAAUAAUAAACACUCCAACAUUUGCACCACUAUCACCAGUUGAUAUCAUUCCUGGUCCAGCCGUGCAAAGCGAGUCGGACUUUGAGACAUGGAUUCGUUCGACUAUUAGUUCGACAUAUCAUCCAAGUGGUACUACAUCGAUGAUGAAGAGGCAACUUGGAGGAGUGGUGGACUCUAAUUUUAAGGUUUAUGGAGUUAGGAAUUUGAGAGUUGUUGAUGCAGGUACAUUCCCCAUGAUACAGGCUGCGCAUUUGCAGGCUACGGUAAGACAUAUCGACUUUGAGGCUGGUGAGGUUGAAGUCUGUGGCGAUAGGCUGAGUAUAGGAAUAAAUGUAAUUGAACAAGUAUACUCUUCUUGCUCUCGAAAAAUGAGUAAAAUAAAGCAGCUCAUUACCAAUCAUAUGAUGAUUGGUCGUGAAGAAAAUGGAAAGACUUAA